AUGGGGGCUAUGAAGUGGCUGGUGAUUUUUGUCACGCUGGGCAUGUGCUCACAGGCAUCAGCUAUCCAAGUAUCCGUGUUCUCAGUAACAUCCAAGAGCGCGAUUCUCAGAUGGACCAGGUACUCUGGAGCCAGCUCAUACAAGAUUACUGUCGCCCCCCAAAGCUCACAAAACAACCCCAUUGCUUUUGCCACGUUUGGUCCAAACACAGUGCUGGGCUCUGUCAACUCUCUGACCCCGAACAUCCUGUAUACAUUCACAGUUGAAGCCCUGGAUGAUUCCCAAUUAAGACUGAGCUCUGCAGUUGUGGAUUCAUUCACAGCCCCUGAGAUUAUGGAUCCCAUCCAGACCUUGAAGCCAAAGGAUAGCACUACCUUGAUGGUGGGGUUCAGCUUGAAUACCGGGGCGACUCAUUACAUCAUACGAAUCCAGAAUGAUGAUGGCUUUUUCAGAGAAGACCAAGUGUCCUCCUCCCCCGCUGAGAUUGAGUCCCUCUCGCCAUACACUGAGUACGAGCUCAGCAUCAUGUCUGCGAACAGGGGAGGCCGGAGCCAGCCGUCUCUUCCUGUGACUGCAAAGACAGUUUUGCCUCCUCCUCAGCUCUCCACCUCCUCUCCCAGCAAUGACAGCAUCAUUGUAUCCUGGGCCCCUGUUGCUCACGCUGUCCAGUACAGCCUGUCUAUAUACGACUUUGGCUCUAACACCAACAUGAAGUACAACACCUCCGACACCAAUUUGACCAUCUCAGGCCUGGCUGCUGGCUCACUCUAUGCCAUCAAGGGUUUCGCCUGGGACCUCGAGGGCCGAGAGGGAGAGGGCAGUCUGGUCAUCAACCAAACAACAAGACCACCUACGCCAUCUUUUGUCAAUGUCUCUAUUGUGACGAUUAACGGUGUGGCCGGACUCUCUGUAUCCUGGAAACUUGAUCAGGAUGUCUAUGGAUCAGUCCAGUACCACGUACUGAGUGACCAGAACCGCACAUGUAACUCCACAUCCAGCUCCUGCAUACUGUCGGCCGUGGGCUGUGGAGAGGUACACACUAUCCAGGUCAUCGCCUUGAACACAACUGGACCCAGCUUCCCAUCCAGCCCUGUGGUGUUCAUCACCUUCCCCUGCCCACCAGAGUCUUUGGCUCUUGUGGAGUCAACAGAAGGAAACUGCACGCUAACGUGGGGCACGGUGCCUCAUGCCGACAGCUACGUGGCCUUCUUCAAGAGAGGUGACGGCACCGAGGAGACCUGCAACACCACCAGCAACAACUGCAAAUACCACUGCCUGUGUGGCUACACAUACCUGCUGUCUGUGUAUGCGUACAAUGAGGCUGGCAGCAGUCCUCAAGGACAGAUUCUCAACUAUACCACCUUGCCCUGUUGUCCAGAGGGUGUAUCGGUCUCUGUGGUGAGCACUGACACUCUGGAGAUUGUGUGGAUGGCCUCGCGGGGGGCAGAGCUGUACCAGACUCGGGCUGCAGACAGUUCAGAGGUCAUCCUGUGUAACGACACAGCACCCGUGUGCGCUCUCUCUGACCUCAGCUGCGACAGUCCCUACAGCGUGGUGGUGACACCCUGCAAUGAAAUCAGCGGAUGCAACCAUGCAUGCAAAGCUCACACCAAAGACACAGCUGCUUGCAUGCCGAUGAAUCUGAUGCUGAAUCCGAAGAACUCCUCCUGCGUCAGUGUCAGCUGGACAGCAAACAACAGGGCUGCUAAUUACACUGUGAGCGCGUCGGGAGAUGACGGCCAACACACCUGCACCACCAGCGGAAACAGCUGUGACAUCACAGACCUUCCAUGUGGCUCCACUUACGAAGUCAGCGUCAUAGCAACCAGCGCAGCCGGCCAGAGUUUACCCAGCUACUCUGACUAUCUGGAAACAGAACCCUGUUGCCCGAUGAAUCUAACAGUGGAACAGGUGACACAGGCAGUGAGCAACAUCUCGUGGUCUCACGCCAAGGGGGCGCAUUCAUUCAUCACUUCCCUGACAUCAACGCGUGGCCACGCCCGCUGCCACACCCAGGACUCCCACUGCCUCGUGGGAUGCAUCACCUGUGGGACCAACUACACUGUCACCAUGGAGGCGUUCAGCAAAAGCGGGAGCAUGUCCAACUGCACCUAUGAGGGCUUCUCGUCCAGUGCCUGCUGUCCGUCAGGUGUCAGGCUCUACAGUAUAGCUGGGAACUCUCUGCGAGUGUACUGGCGCAGCGCUGGCAGCAGCCACAGCUACGUCACAGAGAUGGUGGGCAGCAGCAACAACUACACCUGCACUGCCUCUCCCGGAGCAAGCAGCUGUGAUUUUGGCAACAUCCAGUGUGGGGACGUCUAUCAUGUAAUGGUGGCUCCGCUUACACCAGAGGGCAGCAAAGUCCUGUUCUGCCCCCAGAGACUGUACUCUGUCACUUGCUCAGGGAGCAACGUUGGCACAGUGAUUUACAGAGGGAAGAGAAGUGUGAAUUAACAUACGAUGCAACAAACUCCUCCAUCUUCUUCAUCUUCCUCUUCCUCCUGCUCUACUGGAAUAAAGCCAUAUUCAUAGCUAAACAGAAAAACAGCUGUUAACCUGUGGCAUACAUGGGUGAUAACAUGAUGGAUAAUAAUAAAUACAUGUUUGGGAUAUGAUUAGGUGUUUUAAACUUGCCUUUUAAAUAAUGUUCAUGUAUAUCACGGCCAAACUAAACCAUCACUGUGCCCUCAACAAUUAAGAUCAUCACUUACCUGACAAAAACAAGCCAACCAAAAGAGUGCAUUUUGUGUGUGCUGCUUAAAAUAUAUAUCAUGAGACAAAAGCAUGGAUUUUGUAAAUGUAAGAGUUUCUCAUGAUAAAACUUACAAACAACUAUAACUAAAUUCACUACAUAUAUAUAUAUAUAUAUAUAUAUGAGUAUCAGUAACAGUGCCCCUCCCAAUAUUUUUAAACAAUUUCACCUCUUUUGUUUUAAGACUUAUGAAUUACAAAAUGUACCAAAUUUAAAUAAAAAAGAAUUGUAGGUGCAGCCCCAAGUACAAAGCCUCCUGAUGAUAAGUGGCAGAUACUGAUCUAUGUCACCUCAUCCUGCUUCACACUGUAGCGUAUAAUUUCUGCAGUGUGCUGUUGCUUGUUCUCAGGAUGUAUUUCUGUGUUGAAUAUGUGUCACUGUGGUUGUGAAAACCCGAUGC